ACACUAAAGACUGUCAAAGAUCACAAUUUAUUAGACUCAGGUGUUGUAUUUAUGUAUUCAUGUUUACUUUUUCUAUUUAUUGUUAUAACUGUACAGAAUCAGUGAAAAUAUCCCUAGAAUAAUUAUUAAGAUUAAAAUACGUAUAAAGCUCAUGGCCGCAGGAUCCAGACCAAGUCCCAGAUACCCAAGUAAUGACAAGGCACGUGGAAGCGGUGCCCAGACCGAGACCCAGACAAUGGUAGACUGGCAGGAAGCGGUUGGGAGGCAAUGGCUGGUGAAAUACAAGCAAUGGAUCACCGCCAACCCUCAGGGCGCCGCGGAGGUGGAGGCUGUCAUCAAAUGGGGCUCCUACAUCCUGGCAGGCCGCCUCAAGAACUCCUCCCUGCUGUGUGAGGUGGUGUUCGCUGUAUCCAGGCUGUUUGAGAUGUUCAAUGACUUCCUCAUCCGUAGCGCCAAUGCCUCUCUUACCCCACCCACCCCUGAGACCUGCGGAAGGCUUAAGGUGAUGCUGUCAGCCCUGGAGUGUGUGGAGGUGCUGGCAGAGGUGUCGGCAGGGCAGCUGUGGGGGGAGAUGGGACGCUGGGCUGUGGUGGCUGCCAUACAGCUGUUGAAAUGCAUUGGUCGGUUUCUGCUUCUGGUGAGAGAGAGAGGUAUCCUGGUGGUGCCCUCCCCUCCUAUCAAGCCCUUGGACCGCAGGAGUGCCGCCCGGGCCAGGCACAGGGCCAUGGCACCCACCAACCCCCUGCAUUCUGAGGUGAUCUGCCUGCCUAGAAGUGGGCGGGUGAUCCGAUCGCUGGCUGCCGCCCCUCCCCCCAACCAGCGCACCUUCUCUCCCCCCCAGCCUCCCCCAAUCAGCACACAGGGGGAUAGGAAGCCAAGACAGCCCGUGCAACUACUGGCAGAAUCCCUUCACACAGUUCGUCCAUUGUGUCACCUGGUGGGGCUGUACCUGUGUGGCCGGGACUCCUGGGCACCCUGGGCACUGGCACUGGCUCUUGACUACACCAGCCUCUCACUGCACAGCCAGGCGCCUCUCACAGACAGGGAGAAGGAGGAGUUGGUGCGCCGUCGCCUUUCCCUCCUCUUCUACCUCAUCCGCACCCCAGCAUACCAGCAGAUCACGAGGCGGAGGCUGGAUCGCUGCCUGUCAAAUCUAGCACGCCGGAUUCCACUUCUCCGCUCAGUCAUCCACCCUUUGAUGGAGUAUAUUCCCCACUGGCAGCAGAUUUAUGCUUAUACGUGGAGUUGAGUGGAGUUGGUGGGGUGUGUGGGUGUUUAAAUGUGUGUGUGCUUGUGUGUGUGUGUGUGUGUGUAGAAGAAGGGAAGAUUAAGUUGUGUGUUUUUGUUUGUGUGGGUGUGUUUAAGUGUGUGUGUGUGUGUAGAGGUAAGGAGAAUGAAGGAAGGAAUAAGAUAAGAAAUGAAUGGAGAGAGAGAGAGAGAGAGAGAGAGCACAAAAACUAAAUAUAAACAGCUGUAAUAUAUAUAUCUUCAAUUGUUUUCCAUUUUCUAUAACACUCCCAAAUUUUAAGAGUGCCCCCUAUAUAUAAAACACCUCCAAGAGGAAUGACAUUGUUACAAGUCGUUGUAGGCCAGUGGUAACACAUCACUUUGUUAAAUAUUUGUAUGUAUAUAUAAAAAAAAAAAAGACAAGUGUGUGGGUUUGUGUGUGUAUUUCUGAUAGGCUCACUCUUUUAGGUUUUGUUGUUAUUGUCAUUGUCUCAUUGUGAAGGGCCAGUGGUGAACCAGUGUCUGUGUGUGUGUGGCCAGCUAUGAUGUGCCUAAGCUGCUGGGGUGCAUUAAGAUGGUCCACAAGACUUCUUUUCCACCAGGGGUUGACAGGGCUAAGAGUGUGUGGUGCCUUGUUUGGCUGCCCCAUGUGGAAUUGCCAGCCUGGUAUGCAGAUACAGUCAGCGAACUCCGAUCUUGUAUAGCAGUGACACACGCUGCUUGGGGUGUGUUACUGAAGGCCUCCCACCAAGCAUGCUGGAUGUGCUGGGACAAACCGACUUACUGGCAUAUCAAGUGCAUCUCUCCUCCUCCCUCACAGCCACAGCAGCAGUGACCAGUGUUAAGCAGGUCACCAGUGUCAGUGUUCAGUGUGUCUGUGGUGAGGUGUGACUGGUGCUGUGCUUACAGUGAGACACAUGUUCUGUUCAUGCUGUGGUGUUGUGGUGGUGAGUGUCUGGCAGCCAAGUCAGGGUGGUGUCACUCCAUCACACACCUUCAGGCUGGAAUGGUGUCACUGCAGCAACAUGUGUUCAUUUGAAAGCACAAAACUUGCAGCUCACACAAAAAUCUGUGAAGGGAGGCAGUGAAGAAUUGUCUUAACACAGGCAGGGGGUGGCAUGUCUUUAUCUUCACCCCACGGCUUGCUGCUGCUACUUUACAAAGGCAGCUGGACUCUGACUCACAGCAAGGCAGCAGAGGGAAGCACCAUGGAUGUGAAAGGAUAAUUCUUCACUGCCUUCCUUCACAAAUUUUCAUGUGAGGUUCUGCAGGUUUUGCGUACUUUAAUAAACAUUUGUUGCUGCACUGACACCAUUCCAGCCUGACAUGUGAAAAUGGAAUGGUGAUGGAGUGAUGUCACCAUGAGCCAGGCAUGCACCACCACCACAACGUGAACAGAACACAAUGCAUUGCACAAAAAAAAAAAAAAAAAAAAAAAAAAAAAAAAAAAAACCGCCAGUCAGGCAUCACCAGACACACUGCACACUGACUAGUAAUUAACACCGGUCACUGCUGGUGUGGCUGUGAGUGGAGAGAGAUACACUUGAGAUACCAGUAACUCAAUUUGUCCCAGCACAUUUGUUAUGCUUGCUGGGAGGCCUUCAGUAAAAGGUGCUCCCUGAGUAACCUGUGCAGCCACAACCACAUAGAUUAUUAUUAUUAUUAUUGUUAUUAUUAUUGUUUGUUAUUAUUGUUAUUAUUAUUGUGUUUGUUAUUAUUAUUAUUGUGUUUGUGAGUGUCUGGGCUGUCCUGCCAGCUUGGUAUACAGACAGAUUACUAUUAUUGUUCUUUUUUCUUCUUCAAAAGGUGAAUGACAGUA